CACGUCCCCAUGCCACGCGCCGAUACCGCGCCGCUCGCGCUCGCCGCAGCUCAGCUAUUUAAACGCCGGCCCGCUGCCGCCGGACCACACCGGAGCCGAGCAGGAAGAGCACGUCGAAUCAGCCAGCAGCGAGCAUAUAUACAUACGCGUGUGAAGUGCAGUGAAGGCAGGCAGGAUGUCGGGGGCACAGGGAGCGCACCCGGUCGGGGAGACGACGCCGACGACGUACGGGUCGGUGGGCGGCGGGGAGAACCGCACGCGCACGGACCUGCGGUCGCGGGAGGACCAGGGCAACAUCCAGAUCGAUAAGGUGCAGGACAAGGUGGAGGACGCCGCGUCGCGCAAGGUCGACGACAGCGCCUUCGCCGCCAGGAAGGAACCGGGCCAGGCCGGCGACGCCGGGGCGACCGGCACCGGCGCGUGAUCUGGGUUCUCUGUGGCACCCUGCCGCGCGCGGGUGCGUUGUGUUGUGUAGCGAGUUGUGUUCUGUAAAAGAGUCUCUGCGUGCGAGCUCACAAUAAUAAGAACUGCUUCUCAGUUUGCUUAGCAAGACCA